AUGGCGAUUCUUGAUUUAAAAGACAACAAAGAGAAUGUCUCACCUUCAAAGAUGGCCACAAUUACAGUCAAGCCUCUGGAUUCUUCAACCAUUGAUAAAGACAAAACCCAAAUCAGAAUAAGAAGAAAAAGAUGUAGAAAGCCUCUUCAAGACAUGACCAAUCUCUUUCUCUCAUCAUCAUCGUCUUCUUUGUUUCUGAUUCGUCACAUUCCAUCUUCUCCAUCUCUAUCACUUGAUCCCAAAUGCAUGAAGAGAAGAUCUGGUUCUGGUCUCAAGACUGUUACUUCUUCUACCUUGUCUUGUAGAAAUCUCAGAUGA